AUGCGUUUCACAAACGGCGCGGAACAGCAAGCGGAAGCGUCAGACACGGAUGGGACGCAGCCCGAUGUAAUCCGCCUUCAUAUUCCAGGAGAGGAGGAUAACUUUUUUGACCGGGAAAAUUAUGAUGUAUCCGGCGUAGAUGCGGACCAGGAAGACGAGGCGAUCAUCCAUGUGUGGGACGAAGAGAGCGACGAAGAACUUGAGGCGUACAUGAGGAAGCAGAAAAAGCCGCUGCUCCCAUUUGUUAUUUUACCUGAGCAGCAUGCUCCAACUCCCGGUAAGAAGUUGCGCAGCUUGGCCAGUUGGUGGCGUACGUUGUUAAUAGGAUCAGCGGCGCCAGGGACGUUGUCUGUAGGUCACGUUGCGAUGAACAUGGCGUCGACGGCACUGCAUCCGGGUGUGUUGCUUGCGAUGCCUGUCUACUUUAUACGCGCUGGUGUUGUGCCGGGAUUCAUCGUGUUUGUACUGACCACAAUGCUGAGUGCUUUUGGCGGUGCACUUUGGGUCACAUUGGGUCGCUACGUCGGUUCGUCUUCGAUUGAGUCUGUGACCGGCAAGGCCUUUGGCAUGAAUACGCAAUGGAAGCGGAAACUGGGCAUUAUGCUAAGCAGUGCUGUGCUUAUGGUCUAUUGCACAGGCGCAGCGGUGGUUGGGUACCACGCAAUGACAGACCUGCUCUUGCAAGUCUUUUUCCACUACACACCCACGACCAGCGUGUUCCAUGACCGUGCGUUUGUAACACUGGUGGUUGGCGGUAUUAUGACACUGCCAGUACUGGUCGCCGCCACACCACAGCGGCAUAUCAUGCAGGUCCAGUCCUGGUCACUCAUUUUGUGUUACCCCGCAAUCAUUGCCAUUUUGUACGUGCAAAUGAAGGACUGGCAUUUGCCGUCGGUCCGUCCGAAGCUAGAGCCGUCCUGGCCCUCGGUGACGCUGGUGCCCAUGCCCCAUUUGCAGGACUAUACGUGGCCCUGGGCAAGCACGGCAAUGGUGCCGCUGCUUGUGCUCAGCGCAUUGCCCGCACAAAUCUUGGCACAGAGUCGAAGUCUGCAGCGCAAGGCGGUGUAUGAUUCUAAUGUGCACACGUUCUACCUUGCACAGAGUAUCCAGGCGGCGGUCAUAAUUGCAAUUACCUUCUUUGUGGGCGUAGACAUUGGACUCGUCGGCACUGAUGACUUGCACCGCGGCCUGUACCCCAACUUUUUCAGCGCAUUGCCACUGGAUGACGAUAAAGUGAAUAUUGCUCGCGGGCUUUUCUGCCUUUUGCUUGCAUCCCAUUUGUGCCUCUGCUUGACAUCGGCUAGUUCUGCCUGCAGCCGUAUCCUCAAAGCACUUGGUAUUCAGUUCAAGCCGCUGGCACAUGGAGCGAACUCUGGCGUGCAACGUGCGGCAUCGCCGAGGCUCGCUGCUAACACAGCACCACACGAGGCAGGCGCGCAAGCAAUUGAGGCGCGCAAGAAACGCCGGUUCUGGCGCGGUGCCGCUUCAGGGCUUGUUCUCUGGUGCAUCACUGCCUUUACCGCCUACUCUUCAGGCGUCGGGGGUGUUUUCCGGCGCGAGGAAAAAGAAGGGAAGGAGCUUCGCUUUUUGCGCUCCGUCGAAGUGAUUGGCAUUAUGGGCGCCGUGGUUGGAUUUAUUCUUCCUGCUGUGAUCUGGCUUGUCCUGUUCCGGAUCCGACGACCGCGCGCCAUUUUGCUAGCCCAAACGGAGAGCAUGCAAAAGCGGCUCCAGCAGUAUUUACUGAGUCCACUUAGCGCGCUUAUUCCCGUCUUGUCGCGUCAGCCUGCGCGGAGUGCACAAGAGGCAGAGCCACUGCUCCAAGAACAGGACGGGAAUGCCUAUGGUGCCGUGGUUCCUGAAGCGUCGAUUCCCAGGCAUGAGAAUGAAUACAGUGCUUCAGAUCGAGACGAAGGUACUUAUAUACUGCUGGCGCGCAAGGAGCGCCAGCUGCAGCGUGUUGCGCGAGGACGGCGAAUUUUGCAAGAAUUUAUUGUAGUUGUAGUGCUCCUCCCGUUCGGCCUCUUUCUGGUGGUCUCUGCAUCGAUUGAGCUGGCCGCGGGCGGUUACUGA